UCCUUCCUACCCGAAAAAGAGAGCGGGGAAAUUUGACAGUCACCCACUAUUGCCAUAAAGUAAGGUAGUUUAUGAAGUUUGUUUUGAGAGUAAAAGGAGGGUUUGUUUAUUAAAACGUUAUCGAGCUAGCCCACCGCCUGACCUAACAUGAGAACUUUAGAGGAGGUGCAGGCAACUCUGCAGAUCGCCAAGCUGCAAGACGAAGAUCUACAGAAAACAAUUCAGUGCCUGUUUUUUGGGGAAAACGUUUCAUCUGGAGACUAUUGCCUCAUGGAGCUGGAUGACACCCUGUGCAAACACAUAGAAGCUGGGCAAAGUCUCGUGAUUCGAGGGGAUGUGGAGGAGCGUGCAGUGCUCUGUAGCGGUGACAAGACCUACGAUCUAAAAAUAGCCGACACAUCCAACCUGCUGCUGUUUUUACCUGAAGGCAGAACGCCAGACCAACUGACCAACAGCCAGGAGAGCGCUCAUGUGGUGCACACACAGAUCUGGGGAUUUUGUAACAGCUACUGGGAACUGAAGAAACACCGCCCGAAACUGAAGAAACUGAAGAAUGUUUUAAUGGAGAAUCCCUAUGAAGGACCUGCUUUGGGGGGGCAACAGGAUAAUACAGGAAACCGGUACACAUUGCAGGAUCUGUUGAACAGGAUCCAGUCCAGCGAGGAGGAACUGAAGACUCACUUGGAGACCAUCAAUGCCUGUCAGAUAGAUGGUUACUGGCGUGUGCUCGACUUUGACUAUGAGAUGAAGCUGCUCGGUCACAUUACUCAGCUGGUAGAUUCUGAGUCGUGGUCCUUCGACAAGGUUCCCCUUCAAACCAGUCUGGAGGAGUUGGCUCCACUGGAGCCCAAAGAGAUGAUCGAGCACUGUUUGGACUGCUAUGGGAAGCGCUUCACUGAAAAUGACAACGUCUUUUAUGCACUACAUGAGGAUAAAGUGUGUCGGGGAACGGCGUUGCUGCUGCUGCAGAACGCUGUGAAGUUUAACCUGAGAGAGUUUCAGGAAGUCUGGCAGCAGAGCGUCCCGGAGGGCAUGAGCACGAGACUAGACCAACUGAAGAGUUUGGCCCUGGUGGACCGCGCUUCCCGCCCAGAGACCAUCUGCCUGCUGCGGUUGGAGGAUCUCUCAGAAGAGACGCUGGAGCGCUUCAACCAACUCUUUGCACUCCGAGGGAAAUGGACAGAGGAUGACAUCACGCCAUACAUACAGGACCUGUGUGGAGAGAAACAGACCACCGGAGCUCUACUGACCAAAUAUGCUCGAUCCUCGAUGCAAAACGGGAUCAAGGUCUUCAACUCCAGAAGGCCCGUGGCUACGUGAGCAUGUGCACUGGCGAGGAAUUCAUUUACAGUUUGAAUAUGUCUGCGGUUAUGUUUAUUCCCAGAGUGACUUUUGCAGUUGUCAAAAUCAUUUUACACAAUUGCCCUUUAAAAAUGCUUUGUUAGCAUUGUCUGUUAACUGUAUGAUGAUAAAAAAGUAACUACUUAAGAUUUAAAAAAAUGUUGUUUUGCCUGUAAAAAAAUAAAAUCCGUUUUUACAAUCACAUAA